GCGCGGAGCCGCCGCUGGAGGCGGCCGGAGGGGAGGGCAGGGAAGGGGAAAAAGAGAGCAGGGAGUGCCCCGCGGCUCGGGGCCCCGCUCCGCUUCCUCAUUUCCCGCCCGGGGCCGGCGCCGAUGGACCGCGACCGGCCCAAGGUGCCGCUGCUGGAGCUGCUGAAGGCCGCCGGCAACGGCCGCUGCGCCGACUGCGGGGUGGCAGAUCCAGAGUGGGCUUCUUACAAACUUGGAAUAUUCAUUUGCUUGAAUUGCUCCGGAAUCCAUCGCAAUCUUCCUCAAAUCAGCAGGGUCAAAUCCCUUCGGCUUGACUUCUGGGAGAAUGAUCUUAUAGAGUUUAUGAAGAAGCAUGGGAAUCUCUGUGCCAAAGCUAAAUUUGAGGCCAAAGUCCCCCCCUACUAUUACAUCCCCCAGGCCUGCGACUGCUUGGUUUUAAAAGAACAAUGGAUUAGAGCUAAAUAUGAGCGUGAGGAAUUUGUUGCCACCCGAGUCUGCCAAGAUCCUUGUUCUGCAGGUAGCCAUGAAGGAUUCCUCUGGAAGCGCGGGCGGGAGAGCAGACAGUUCCAGAAGAGGCGAUUCCUCCUAUCAGCAAGGGAAGGGAUAUUGAAGUACUACACUAAAGAAACCAAAGGUCCAAAAGCCGUUAUCAGCAUUGAGAAACUGAAUGUGAUGUUCCAGACAGAGAAAAUCCAACAUGCUCAUGGACUGCAGAUCACAUACAAGACAAAUGGUCAGACAAGGAACCUUUUUGUCUAUCACGAAAGUGGAAAGGAGAUUGUUGACUGGUUCAAUGCCAUUCGGGCAGCACGUUACCAUUAUCUUAGAACAACCUUCCCAACUGUCCCUGAGUCUGAGCUCGUACCGCGGAUCACAAGAAAUUACGUCAAAGAAGGAUAUAUGGAGAAAACGGGACCAAAGCAGAAGGAGACCUUCAAGGUGCGCUGGUUCAGCCUGGACUGUCAGGAGAGGAACCUGCUAUACUUUAAAAAUCCACUGGAUGCAUUUGCACUGGGCCAGAUUUUUAUUGGAAGGAAGGAUGAGGGCUACGAAGUACGAGCUGGCUUGCCCCAGGGAGUCUGUGUGAAGAAGAGGAAACCAGGGAUCACCAUGGUCACACCAAUGCGAGAGUUUUUGUUUAUAUGUGAGAACGAUAAGGAGCAGAGGGAGUGGAUAGAUGCCUUGAAUGGAGUCAUUGCCCAGCCUUUGACUGGUUAAGACCAACAGUGAGUUCUGGUGAACUGCACUUCUUGGGCUCUGUUCAGCACUGGUCUGCAGCCUCUGUGAUGUUCAAGCCCCCUCAGUGACUACCACAAAGGGCUUCCUUCAACAACUGAAGGCACAGGGAGGGUGGCAACAGAGAAACAAGUAAGGUGGAGUGCAGAUAUUCGAAAAUGAUCUGUGUCUCUGCACAGCCUUCCUCUAAAGUGCCUUCUGUCUUCCUUCCCUUCUCUGCUUUUGAGCAGAGGAGGCCUUCCCAGACUGGUGUUGGGAUAAAUCGGCCGGUGUUCCCUUAUGGAAAAAAAAACAAUGUCAGUGGAGAAAGUCUGACCACAGAGGGCUGGCAUGAAUUUCCUUGAGGACUCAUGCAGGCAAUGUCACAUCAGAUCCUCCUUUUCUUGCUUUGGUCUGAUAGCAAAUCCAGAAGGAUGUACUUGACAAUCCACCCGGUGGCAUAUAGUCUGCCAGUGAAUGUGAUCAUCUGUUACAUGAGUGCAUAGAAUGAGUGACCAAGAGGCAAGACAUCACCACCUACCAAGAUGAUGCAGGGCAUCCUGUUGGGUAGACCAAAGAUAUAAAUUCAUGCUGGAAUAAUUGGAUGAAUCUUUCUCAGGAAGGAGCAGAGCCAGGCAGCUAUAGUCUACCUGACUGCAGCUCCUAUCCAGACAGGGACAUGUUUCUUUUCCAUGGAGUGGUUUUAAUGCCUUUUACAGUGUUAGAUUUCUGUCACAGAAAUUGUAAAAAAAAUAAAAGUCAAGUUUGAAUUGUG